UUAUAUAACAAUCAUGGUCAUUGAAUGAUGAACGUUGCAUUCAUCUAUUUAUCAUCAUGAUUAACGUGCACUCAGAGUAAUUUGUCCUCGUAUUUAGCACUCCUAGGUGUAUUCCUUACCGGAACAGCUAGCUAUUGUCUUGCAAUCAUUGAAGAAGCAGAGGAAGCAAACAGGUGGUGGCUUUUACAACAGAAGCGCUAUCUUGCGGUAUAUUAGUUGCACUGCAUCUUAGUGGGCACAACGCUAAGUCGCUAAGUGUAAAAGAACCCGACCAAAAUUAUCUUUUUUUAACGCAACGUGAAUUCCGAUGCUUACUUUGGUGACACUUCAUGUCAGCUGGAACUAUUGGUGCGUGUUUUUUGGGGGAAAGAUUGGAUAAGUCUAAUGAGCUUUUAGAAUCGAUGUCGUUAUGCGGUAAGGUUAGACCGAAUCGACAGGAGCAGAAUAAUUGGCUAGUUUCAGUCAUGACACAAUGGGACGGUAAAGGGGGCAAAGGGGCGUUAUCGGUCGGUCGGACAGGUCCUGCAGGUUCUGUCUGAAAUAUUGUGCAGAAAGCCGGACAACAGCGCCAUGCAGAACGGUUGUAAGACAUCGGACCGAAGCUGGUGCAAAAUGGCAAUCAGUGAUCCCCUUUUAAGGGAGUUGCAGUCGAUCCUGAAGAAGCUGAAGGAAGAGCCCCAGCCCAUCACCGACUACGGUGUGUUAUUGAAGCCUCUGUGUGAAACACUGGAGAGGAUAUUGAGGAAAGGCCUGAAGCAGCCAGGGUCCCUGUUUGGCAUCAACAAAAGAGAUUACUGGUCAUGGAUGGAGUCAACCCCAAACUACGUGUGCAAUGACAAGUACAAUCCUUUCCUGAACCGGGCCAUAGAUCUAACGAAGUCGUCUCCCAAGUUACGUUCUUUGCAAGGAAGAGGCAGGUGCUUCAUCAGACUUGCACUGGCCAAGAAAAUCGUGAGCGUCCCUGUAGAACAUCUGCUCAGAAAUGCAAGACUAACAGAGUACUGGUACGAUGCUGGCCUGUCUAUCAUUGCUAACCCACCGCUAGCAGAAACCUUCAUGUCUUUGUUGUUUGCCUUGACUGACAUUAACUUUGAACUUGAUGUGAAGAAUGCCAGUUUCCUUGAUGAGUCCUGGGUCAUCCCUGUGUACAAGAGACUGGAACUGGUGCCAUGUAGCAGUCUAGGGAUGACCAUUAGAUAUCUGGAUAACAGAAUUUUUGUGGUGAAAGUGGAUGAGAAUGGAGUUGCUGGAGAAGACAACAAGAUCGAACCAGGAGACAUUGUGGACGAACUCUACCAAGAAAGUCUGUACGGCUGUAAGCAGGGGAAGGUGAACAGUCUGCUGCGGGAGCAUCAGGGCUGGCCUGUGUACAUAUCUGUCAUCAAAUGUAGGCUUCCUGAUGGAACCAUCUAUCCACCACUGGUGAGCAAGAUAAGGAAGCUCAAGGAAGAGCUCAAGGAAUUUGAAAUCAAGGAGCUGAACAAGAAAGGCCCAGCUCCUAUGCCAGCACAUGCUCUCCUACCCCAGGAUUAUCCAGAACAAGCUCCAGUACAUGACCCAGAAGGAAAAGCAGAGUUUAAUGCAAAAUAUGUAGGGCAGGUGUCCACCGGGAGAUAUGGUGAUGUUGCAGAAAUAGAGGGCGCUGUAGAGAAAGCCAUACAGCAAAACAAACAGCAAGAGAUAACUGAGAAUAAGGAGGUUCAUGUUGAGCUGACAGAGACAGAGGUCAUCAUCACCGACUUAAAAACUAGCAAUGAACUGUCCAAACAUUCCUACACUGAGAUCUCCUCCUGUGGCAGACGUUCCGACAUGACAAAGUACUUUGCCUUCAUUGCUGGGGACACACAGUGCAGCGUGUCCAGAAAUUUCACUGCCUUCGUGUUUGAGGCUGAAUCUGCUGAUGAGUCUAAAAUCAUCCUAUGCAGUAUAGCACAAGGCUUUGGAAGAACAUCCUGGUUUGUCUAAGAACUGAUGAGGUCUCUUAUUGGCUGGCAUAACCAUGACAGGGUGGAAAAGCCCAGAUAGAAGUAAACUAGCUACUGCUACAUAUACCGCAAUUAUAGUAUUAACGAAGUUACCUAAGUAAGAGUGAGGUAGACUUUUGACAGUCACACAAAUAUAAACCUUGGCCUUGACAACAUUGAACGUUCACGCUUUAAUGACAAUGAUGACAAGUGGACAACUAACCGUCACAAAUUCUCACAAUUCAAGAACCAUUGUGACAAUGCUGCUGACACACCAAAGUUUUUCUUGACUGUUAAAUACACUAAACCAGUGUAACGUUUAUGUAUGUAUAGAGGUAAGUAACAAUACUCCAUCGUUACCUUCAGCGUAAAAAUAUACAGCAAUACAAGUUCCUAACUCAUUCUAACUUGGCAGUGUAUGACAGAAUAUGAAAUUGUAGAAUUCUCAGGUUCCUUUGGUGUCUUAUUGCUUGGCACAAAUAUAUGUUUGUUGUAAAUUUGAUGCAUGUACAUUUAUGAAUACAGUGUUGUUACAUGUUGUUCAGGGUGAAAGAGGUGACAGGCAUUGGGAAUGGAAUCUCAUUUCAUAUUAAUGUUAAAAUGUGAUUUGAUAUUAAUGUUGAUGCAUUGCCAGCCACAGCAUGUCAAAAUACAACCAAACUACUGUGAUAUUGUGGUAUGGGAGAGCAGCCCAUAAUGCUUUUUAUUUGUAUUCAAAACCAGUAUCUUAGUGGAAAUCCCUAUUUUGUGUAUUGGUUUUGUAGAAUGUCAUUUAUCUUUGUAACCUUGUUGUUAAUAUUUUAUGUGGGGUUCUGUGCCCCAUUGACAUUGUUACAUUGGGGAUUGGCCACUUAUGUUAUGGGUGCAGAAUCCAACAUCGACAUCGACAGCAAAAUGGAAUUUUUCCAUGCGGAUGAAAGAUUUUUAUGAUUUUCUUCAAACUUAUUUCAUGGAAACCAGUUUUAUAGAAAAAAAAUCAACUUCUUUAGUUUGGUCCAAUCUUCAAAUUAUUGUGUUAUAAGAGAUAUUGGUUUGUCCCUUAAUUAUCCUGAGUGCUGAAAAAAUCGAUAUCAUUAGGCUCAUGCCUGUAUCAUGGGACCUGAUCAGUAACAUGUAUUGUGUUUCUGGAAUUUUCAUUAGCAGAGCUAUGCAAUUAGUUGAUAGCCUGAGCAUAGCCCUGUGUGGUAAAACCUUUGAGAUGUUACCCCAUGCAACAUGCAUAUGAAAUUUUAUAGCAAAAUUUAGAAAAAGAGCCAUAUAAUUUGUGUUGCACUAGCUAUAAAUGAAUGAUGCCCUGGUCAUAGCCCAGGGGCAGAUUGGCCAUAUAGUUAUUGAUUGGCCAUAUAGUUAAAGUUAUCAUGUUAUUGAUAUUAUGUGCAAUUGUUAUUGACCACAGGUCACAGCCACCAAGUUUACAUUUAGUAAUGAACAGUAUUGAUAUUACCGGUAGGUCUAUUGUAAUGCAUGAACUUGUAAUUUAUUUUAGUUUCUGAUGGUGCAGUGACUGCAGUCUGCUUUUCAACUUUCUACAUUCGUUGACAAUGUUGUAUAUGUAAGGAAAUUGUAUAUUGGAAAUUUCCACCUUUAUAGAAGAGUUAGACACAGGAUUGGUGACAUGUUGAGGUAUUGUUGGUGGUGGAAUAAACUGUUACUAACUUUUCAAUCUUCAAAUAUUAGUGCAAACUAUUAUAGUCAAUGGUACUAACACAACUGAAUAAACCACUACAGC